CUUGGGUUUCUUUCAAGACUGUCAACAAAAAAGCGUGUGACUGAAGAUUAAGGGAAGUGAAUAGUCUCGGACUCUUUUGCGGGGUUUUUUUUGGCCAGGAAACACAUGAGAGUGUGACAGUAAUGACUGUGACUGGGUGGUCAGACGAUUGAACACUGGGGACAGUUAAUGAUGUAAUGUGACCGUUUGGCAGCUGGUAUGUGAGAUAAUGAGGACGUUUGACUAAUGAGGCUCGAUAAGAAAGCCACUUUCCUCAAAACACACGGUUUGCUCCAGACUCCUGGCUCAGUCUCACUCUGUCCACGUGCAGGCAGGCCCAAGGCGUAAACCUGUUACCUGUGCCCCCCACCCCACCGUCCGUACUGCGGUGUCUUAAUUCAGUAGUGCGUCAUGCGUAGGAGUCCAUUCGUUGCGGAUGUGUGCUGUCCAAAAAGCUCCCGGAACGCACUGCAGGAACUCUACAGCCCCACACAGUCGGAAUAUUCGGGAGCGGCGUUCCUGCACCAGGCCCGGCGGGAUCAGGUUGCAGAGACGUGUCGGACGCACGGCGCCUCCAGCAGGAAGCGUCGGGUACUGACCCCCGCUGACCUCAGGCACCUGGUGGUGGACGAGGAACACGAGCUGAUCUACUGCUACGUGCCCAAAGUGGCCUGCACCAACUGGAAGCGGGUCAUGAUGGUCAUGACGGGGCGGGGCAAGUACACCAACCCCAUGGAGAUCCCGUCCAAUCAGGCGCACGUCCCCUCCAACCUCAAGACGCUCAACCAGUACAGCAUCCCCGAGAUCAACCACCGGCUCAAGAGCUUCCUCAAGUUCCUGUUCGUGCGCGAGCCCUUCGAGAGGCUGGUCUCGGCCUACCGCAACAAGUUCACCCUCAAGUACAACACCUCCUUCCACAAGCGCUUCGGCACCAAGAUCGUGCGCCGCUACCGCAAGAACGCCACGCUGGAGGCCCUGCAGUCCGGGGCGGACGUCCGCUUCCCCGAGUUCGCCGAGUACCUGGUGGACCCGGCCACCCUGAAGGAGGGCCCCCUGAACGAGCACUGGGAGACGGUGCACUCGCUCUGCCACCCCUGCCACAUCCGCUACGACCUGGUGGGCAAGUACGAGACCCUGGAGGAGGACUCCAACUACGUCCUGAGGCUGGCGGGCGUGGGCGACCGCCUGCGCUUCCCCACCUACGCCAAGUCCACCCGCACCACCGACCAGAUGGCGGCCCAGUUCUUCCAGAACAUCAGCGGACGCCAGCGAGCUCAGCUCUACCAGCUGUACAAGCUGGACUUCCUGAUGUUCAACUACUCCGUGCCAAGCUACCUGAACGUUCAGUGACGCGCCCCGUUCAACAGCAAAAACCAAUCAGCGGGUACUGACUGUGCCAUUCAGGCUGGGGGUUUUCAUUUAGAAACUAGAACUGAACUCAGAUCGAUGGGAAGGCCUGGAUGUGCUGAUUGGCUUUUGGGAAGGUGUGGACUUGCUGAUUGGCUUUUGGGAAGGUGUGGACUUGCUGAUUGGCUUUUGGACGGCGUGGACAUGGUCAUUGGCUGUUGGGAAGGCGUGGAUGUGCUGAUUGGCUGUUGGGAUUGCACUGACAAGCUGAUUGGCUGUUUUCGGAUGGGGGAGAGAUUGAAGGACUCACUGCUUGCUGUGUUGUGGUGAGAGGGGACAGGAGUGGCCACUGAGUUUUUAUUUUAUGUUUUGGGGGGAUUUAAGGAGUGAGUCCUUCCUGCCUGGAUGCAGGGCGUCUCAGGUGGGACUGUGGGUAGUCUUAGCUUUAGUUUGGAAGGUCGUUUGGGUCGGCCCUAAGGGGUGGUGUGGUUAAUGAAUUCCUUCUCUCCAGAAACUUCUAAAGGCCUUAAGGGAAAGUAUGAUAAGCGGGCAGGUUAAUAGCGGGAUACGUCUAUGAAAGGCCAUCGGUACAGUAACCUGUCACCAAGCUGACUGAACUGUCAGUCUCCUCUGUGACUCCGCCCUCAGCACAGGUACGCACAAGCCCCCAUCAACUCUUGAGUUGUGGGAUGGACACAGAGGGGCAUGACCUUGGGAGACUCAUCCCGCUGAUGAGACUCCUCCCACAGGUCCAGGGUCACCUUCAGUGUUAAAGGGACAGCGUCUCAGUGUGAAGAAUGAACGACCCAAAGCAUCACCUUGUUGAGUGACCCGGAACUAGUACCCCUGCUUUUCACGAUGGAACGAUGAUGAAAUGUUUUUUUAAUUGUAAAUUAAGAAAUGUUCUUGCUUUUUUUUUGUUUUGUCCGUUUCUUGUUAUUUUAUUAUUAUUAUUCAUGAUGAAACA